AAUCUGAUAGUGUCACUGUAACACCAUGCCCAGCUCGCUGGUUCGUAAGAGGCUCGCUGACAGGAACUGACGUCUUGUCUGUGUAUGGAUACAUUCAGCAGCAGGAAAAUGGCUAUACACAUCUGGGAAUCUGAAAGAAAUCUACAGUGCUUCUUUUGAGAGACCAUCAGCUGCAACGUUUUUAGAAAAUCAAGUUGGAUCUUAUCAAUGGCAUCUGCUAGUUGACACAAUGGCUCAAAUAUCCAGCAGCAAUGGAUUCAAACAGAAUGUCUCUCCUGCUCUGGGAACAAGCGGGGCACAAGAUGUUGGGAAGGAGGAAGCUCUGCAGAUGGAGGCUGAAGCUUUAGCAAAGCUACAGAGGGAUAAGAAAACAACCUUUAAUCUGGAAACAGUGUCCUGUAACGGUGCGAACCAGAGAGCCCUGUCCUCCAGCAGACCAGAAAAGGACCUCAUUGUCUUUCCAGAGUCCGAUGCCAGGAAAAGAGCCGAGUGGGAUGCAUUCAAAGACAUUGACGUUGAAAAGCUCACGAAUGCUGAACUGGAGAAACUGUUGUUGGAUGACAACUUUGGGGCUAAUAAUAAAGCACCGAGGCCUGCAACUUUACCAGGAACCCCUGUCUUAAGUUCUUCAUUUUCAGGUCAGUUGUACAGCCAGACUCCGUUCCAUCGAGGGCAGUGGAACCCUGGAUUGACAGGGUCUGCAAACUCAGCAGUGCCUGGGCCAGUCAUCCAGAGGUUACUAUACCCUGCAGCAGCCUUUCCUACGCAAGCCUGCCCUUUUCAGAAUGGGUUUAAUCCGAGAAUGCUGUUUUACAGAGCUCCAGAACCAGUUUACCUGUCCUCGCAGCCCCAGUACAUGCCAUUCCCACUCCAGCCGUUGGUGCCGUUACACUCAACAGCAGUCAUGCCAGUGUACCAGCAACCUAUUACGCCUGAACUGGCGAAAUUGUUUGACAAAAUAGCCAGAACUUCGGAAUACUUAAAAAACGGGAAAUCGACAAGCACCGACUUGGAAUCUGCCAUCACAAAGGCUAUGAUCCCAAAGCUCCAGACUUUGGAAAACACGAACAUGAGUAAAUUUGAGUGGCUUGAUCUUGAUCCCCUCAGUAAGCCAAGAUUAGAGGUUGCACAACACACAGAGGGAGCUGUGAAGGAGGAGUCCAAUGUUGCAGGGGACCCUUGGGAUGCCGUGCUGCAGGAUGAGAGUACUGCAGAAAGCAGUCUUCCUCCUGGAAAGUGUGGCCGGUCAGCCGCCUUUCAUCCCAAUGGGAAAUCACCUACUGGAACUUCAGUCACAAGGAGUCAGUCUUUAAAUAUUCGUCCUACAAGUGCUCAGCCUCCCAAGACUCCUGGCCAAACCACUGAGACUGACAAAGGCACCAGUAGUUCACCCACAGCAUGCGAUGUUCUGCAAGAACUGGAAGCACAGAAUGAAGAGGUGGAGGCUUUCUGUGAAGAAAUCACCAAAUUGAGGUUGAAAUUCCCACGCGAUGAUCUUUCCACCAAUCCUGGUUAUGUUCUAAGUCCUGUCAUGCUUCAGAGAGACAGUAAUGGAGAACAUGCCAGCAUCAAAGUUUCAAUAGAGAUAGCAGGCUCUCAACAGCCAGUCACAUUUACUUGUGAUGUAAGUUCCCCCGUGGAGCUGCUAAUAAUGCAGGCCUUGUGUUGGGUUCACGAUGACUUGAACCAGGUUGACAUUGGCAGCUACAUCCUGAAGGUUUGCGGCCAAGAGGAAGUAUUGCAAAAUAAACAUUGCCUGGGAAGUCAUGAAUACAUUCAGAACUGUCGAAAAUGGGACAUUGAGAUAAAACUACAGCUCUUGUCUCAAAGCACUAUAUGCAGAGAUCUGGCGCGUGUGGUGGAGGAUGAUACCACUUCUGUUGAUUUAGAGAAAUACCUGUACCAGGUGGAUAAACCUCUUAAGGAAACCAUUAACAGACAAUGCCUUAAUGAUUAUCUGGAUUCUUACCACAGUCAAGUCCAGCUGUGCCUUCAGAAUGAGAACAACCAGUACAAAACAGUGGAGAACGUAAUCCAGGCUGUCAAGAAUAUUUGCAGUGCACUAGAUGGGGUUGAGACCAAAGCCAUUACAGAAGCUGUAAAGAAACUCAAGAGGACUGUCAAUCUUCCAAGAAGCAAAACUCUGGAGUUGGGAUCAAAAUCUGCUGAUGGCUCAAACAAAAGUGCUACAUUUGGGUCCUCUGCUCCUCUAAGUCCUGUUGAGGAAAGCUUGAAUGGAUUGACGACUUCUGUGUGUGACCUCUUGCAGCUGUACCUGAGGUCUUUCAGCAGCAGCAGCAGCCCUCAAUCUGCUCCGUCUGGUCCCAAGGAGAGGAGGAGCACAAAGGAAGCCUGCAAGGCCACAGAGCACCUCCAGUUUACACUGUUUGCAGCUCAUGGCAUUCCACCAGGUUGGAUCAGCAGCUUUGAAAAGUACUACCUGCUGUAUUCUCUGACCCAUAAUGGAAAGAACUUAUUUAAACCAGUUCAGUCUAAGAAGGUGGGAACAUACAAGAACUUAUUUUUUCACAUUAAAUGGGAUGAACUGGUAAGCUUCCCUAUCCCAAUUUCACAGUUACCUUUAGAGUCGAUGCUCAGUCUUACUUUGUAUGGACUAUUAAAUCAGAAUGCCAGCAGCUCACCAGAUUGUAACAAGCAAAGAAACGGACCAGAGCUUCUUGGCAAAGUGUCCAUGCCUCUGUUCGACUUCAGACGAGUGCUAACACGUGGGACUAAGCUGCUUGGUCUGUGGACCUGUUUCCUCGUCUCCCCAAUCGGUACUGUCAGUAGAAAAGGAAAACAGAUGGAGAGAAUAGUCAUGCAGGUUAACUUUCCAAACCCAGCUGUUGACAUUCAGUUUGUCAAGCCUCAACCUGCUAGCAGACCACCACAGCACAACUGGGAAACACUGGAUGUAGAUGCACAAAAGCAGCUUAAGACACUUUUCAGUAAAGAAUCCACGUUAGGGUUAUCCAAAGCGGAUAAAGAAUUUUUGUGGAAUAAAAGACAUUACUGCCAUUCACAUAAAAACAGCCUUCCUAUGGUCCUGGCUGGUGCUCCAAGCUGGGAUUGGACCAGUCUGCCUGAGAUACACUCCCUCUUGAACCAGUGGCCACCACUCUCACCUGUCUGUGCCCUGGAGCUGUUCCACUCCAGAUAUGCAGACAGUGAAGUGCGCAGUGUUGCUGUGACUUGGAUUGAGCGUUUAAGUGAUGAUGAACUGGCUGAUUAUCUUCCACAGCUUGUGCAGGCUUUGAAGUUUGAAUGCUAUCUUAACAAUGCCUUAGUGAUGCUCCUUUUGUCACGGGCACUGGGGAACAUUCAUAUUGCACACUACCUGUAUUGGCUGCUGAAAGAUGCAGUGCAGGAUCUGAACUUCGGGAGGCGUUAUGAGAUUGUAUUGGGGGCCCUGCUGUCUUUAUGUGGUAAAGGACAGAGGGAAGAACUGGAGAAGCAGACCAGACUGGUGCAGCUGCUGGCCAUCGUGGCAAAGCGAGUGCGUCAGGCCAGCGGAUCUGCUAGACAGAUUGUUCUUCAGGAGGGCAUGGAUAAAGUGCAGUCUUUUUUCUUAAAGAACAAUUGUCGUCUGCCCCUGAACCCCAGUCUGGUUGCCAAAGAGUUCAACGUCAAGGCCUGUUCCUUCUUCAACUCCAAUGCAGUGCCCCUCAAAAUCGCCCUAGUGAACGCAGACCCCCUUGGAGAAGAGAUCAAUGUAAUGUUUAAGGUGGGAGAGGACCUGCGUCAGGACAUGCUGGCUCUACAGUUGAUUAAGAUCAUGGACAAGCUCUGGGUCCAGGAAGGACUGGAUCUGCGAAUUGUCAAUUUUAAAUGCAUCUCAACUGGCAAAGACAGAGGCAUGGUUGAGCUUGUACCAGCAUCAGACACACUCCGAAAAAUCCAGGUGGAAUAUGGGGUAACAGGAUCCUUCAAGGACAAGCCCCUGGCAGAAUGGUUGAGGAAGUACAACCCAGCUGAGGAAGAAUACGAGAAGGCAUCGGAAAAUUUCAUCUACUCCUGUGCAGGGUGCUGUGUAGCUACGUACGUUCUGGGAAUCUGUGAUCGACACAACGAUAACAUCAUGCUGCGCUCCACAGGACACAUGUUUCACAUUGAUUUUGGAAAAUUUCUUGGGCAUGCACAAAUGUUUGGAAGUUUUAAAAGGGAUCGAGCUCCUUUCGUGCUGACGUCUGACAUGGCUUAUGUCAUUAAUGGUGGAGAAAGACCCACACGACGCUUCCAGUUGUUUGUGGAUCUCUGCUGUCAGGCAUACAACCUGAUUCGGAAACACACCAACCUUUUCCUCAACCUCCUUUCUUUGAUGACGUCAUCAGGUUUACCAGAGCUCACCAGUGUGCAGGACCUCAAGUAUGUUUAUGAUGCUCUGCAGCCCCAAACAACUGAUUCUGAAGCUACUAUUUUCUUUACAAGGUUGAUUGAGUCGAGUUUGGGAAGCGUUGCUACAAAGUUUAAUUUCUUCAUUCACAAUCUGGCACAGCUGCGUUUUUCAGGACUGCCUUCCAACGAUGAACCCAUCCUGUUGUUUUCUCCUAAAACCUAUUCUAUGAAACACGAGGGGCGAAUCAAAGAUGUGUCUGUCUUUACCUACCAGAAGAGAUACAACCCUGACAAGCACUAUACAUACGUUGUGAGAGUUUGGAGAGAAGGACAAAACGAUACCAACUUUGUGUUCCGCACAUUUGAUGAAUUUCAGGAGCUGCACAAUAAGCUCAGCAUCCUCUUUCCUCUGUGGAAACUGCCAGGGUUUCCCAGUAAGAUGGUACUCGGAAGAACCCACAUUAAAGAUGUAGCAGCCAAAAGAAAAGUGGAGUUGAAUAGUUACAUACAGAAUCUGAUGAGCAGCUCCACAGAAGUAUCGGAGUGCGAUCUGGUAUACACGUUUUUCCAUCCAAUAGCAAGGGACGACAAGGCUGAAGGGUUUGAGGGCAUGUCGAAAUCUCCAGAUGUGAGGCCCAUGAGCCCCACGUCCGGCACAGUUAGCGGAGAGGUGAAAUUAUCUGUGUCCUAUAGGAACAACACUCUGUUCAUCAUGGUGAUGCAUAUCAAAGACCUGGUAACUGAUGAUGGAACAGAUCCAAAUCCUUAUGUGAAAACAUAUUUGCUUCCAGACCCCCAUAAAACAUCCAAACAUAAAACAAAAACUUCAAGGAAAACCAGAAACCCAACAUUCAAUGAAAUGCUGGUGUACAGUGGACACAGUAAGGACAGCUUGAAGCAGAGGGAGCUGCAGCUUAGUGUGCUUAGCGCAGAGUCACUGCGAGAGAACUACUUCCUAGGGGGCGUCACGCUGACCUUGAAAGAUUUUGACUUGAGCACAGAGACUGUUAACUGGUACAAGCUGCAAGCUGUUCCUUACUUUUAGGCUCAAGAUGCUUCCAAAUACACGGGACUCAGAUUGUUUUAGGCAAUUCUUUCCUGACAUUUCUUCAUUAGGACUUUUCUUCCUUUUAAGCACACUAUCCAGUUUCCUAAAAUUGACUGAAAUGUUUUGUACAAUUAGAGGACCAAACUUCUCACAAUAGAUCUGUUCGGAUUGAAGCACAAACCCAUUAAAGACCAGCAUCUGGUCACCAGCCUUGGUCUUUGUUGCUUAUUAUAAUGGUAUCCUACUGAAAUUGGCUGAGUUUGAACCAAAAGACUGCUUCUGCAGGGCAACAGAAUCAUAAACAACACGUGCCAAAAAAUAAAACAAAUAUCUUCCACUCUGGAAACAAAAUAAGAGGGUGCCUUGUUCAAAAAUGUUAUUUGUUUAUUUUUCCUUGCAGCCUUGAACAUAUUUGAGAGCAGAUUAUUAUUAUGCGAAUUAACAUUAAGGUAUGUAUUUUAGAAACGUGUUACAAAUCCCUUAAAACUAAUUAUACAUCACUCGAGUUUAUGGGGUUUUCGACACAGUAGGAUAAAGUGCUCAUGUAAGUAUUCUCUGAAUAAUACCUAGAAAUAUAAUCACAUUUUAAUGUAUAUUUUCAUAAAUUGUUAACAUUAAAAUUAGUUGCAAAUGAAUACCAUGCUGUAAAAAGUAAUACGAGUGCAUUUGCUGUCAACUUUGCUAGAUUAUCAAGCUCAUCUGAACUACAGGUGUUCCGUACAUGCAUCUCAAAAGAAAGAGAUUGUACUUGGAUAAAGACGUCUGCCAAAUAAACAAAUUAUAAUACUGCAGUUGAUUUACUAUUGACACGAAGAUGAUGUACUGUAGUGCAAUUUUUUUUUUUACGAAAUUAAUAUAGCACAGGUUAUAGCACAAUUUUAUUAUUAAUAUUAUUCUUUUAAAUGUAUAGCUCCAGAAUGUCCUGACAUUAACAGCAGCAGCUUGAAAUAUUACAUUGCUGUCCUACAUAGUUUACUUUAUCAGUACUGGCAGGAAUACAUUUAAUUUCUCAAAGUGAUAAAGUUCUCAACUUUAUUUCUGCAUAACAAGUACUGUAUCGCCAGUUGCCAAAUGAUUCCAAGUUAACAAAUGAUAAAUACAAAUGAUAAAUACUCUGGAAUACAGUGUAUAUGUAGAUCUGUUUCUGUGGUGGGGUGUCAAAACAUAAUACAAAGAAUUCUAAAGAACAAUGUUUUCUAAAUUUAAAUUGAACUAAAAAUACACACAGAAAACAAAGUGGUGGGAUUUUAUGGUGAAGUUUGAACAAGUUACUCAUGCCAGUCAUUAUCUAUAACUGUGAUGUACUGUACAGUUCCUCUUACAAAAAAGUUAAACUGGGCCAAAAAUGUUUUCCUGUUAAAUAUAAAUUAAGGUAUUGUUGCUGUUCAGUUACUGUGCAGCUAGUUUUCACGGUUUAAAACUCCUUAAAUGUUAACAUAUAUUUAGCUGUCUGUCUGUCAAUCAGUCAAUAGAACUGCCACUAAAGCUGUGAUUAGCCAGAGUGAUAUAUAAUCAUGAUUUUUCCAAAACAAAUAAAUAAAAGUACUGUAUUUGCACUUUUUACUACAUGUUAAAAAUAGAAACCACAGGUAUGUGUUUGUCUGACCGUAUGAACAGCUACAGAAUUAUGCUGAACUGUGUAUUUUGAAGAGACUGGAAAAUCUGUAUAUAAAAACCCAUAGUUAAGUUGUUUUGCAAAUGUAAGCACUUUUUUUUUUUUUUUUUUAAACAGUAUUAUUUUGCAUAUUUAAUAUUUAGUAAUUGUGCUUUGAUUGGACGUGUAUUCAGUAUGUAUCUUUUCUAGACUCCUGAGCUUAUGCUAUUGGUUCCUGUGGAGCGUACUGUUUCUGUCAUGAAUGAUACCUCACUGAUGUUAACUUGAACUUGGUUUAAACCGAAAUAACAUUAGCUAAAAUCCAAAGUUUCUGGGGUUUUUUUUCUGUAAACCCUAAUUACAAAUUGCAGCAACACUUUUUGGUAUAUACUGUACAAUGAAACUUACAUUAUCUAAACUUUUAGCAAACACUGUUUUCCUCUGCCCUAUUACAGAACAUAUGUGUACAUCCUCUGGCUCAGCACAGUUAUGUAUUUCAUUUUGUAUUGUAAUUACUUUAGAGAUUUCUUGAUUGGGAAUGGCAUAUUAACAUUUUAACCGUUAUAAUCUGAACAAAUAGAUUUUAUAAAUACACUAUCUCCGACUCCCAGUGUGUUAAUCGAGGUUUCACUGUAUUUGAUCAUUUUUUACCCAGGCUGAAACAUGGAGAGUGCAGUUACUUAUUCCCUCAUAAUUAGCCAUUGCUUCUUGGUCUCCUUUUACUAAACCCAAUGAUUUCUGCUUUUGAAAGACGUGUUUCUUUGAUUAAAGAAGAUAGCAACCUGCACUAAAACCACCUUUUCUUUAUCAAAACAACUGCUUGUGCAAUUUUAUUUUUUACAUUUCCAAAUCUAAUCAUUAAUAACAGCUAUUAUUGCCUUAAAAUGCUCAUACUGGUAAGAAUAGACAAUGUUGUUGGAGCACAUGACAGGAAAUAAAAUGCAAUUGCAAACAAAAUAUGAUGUAGUGAAUAAUAUUGUAUAAUAGUAAUACUGUUUGUUGUAUAUUAUCAUGUUAUCUGCGUACUGUGACUAGAAGUAUGUACAUGUUUGUAGAACAAUAAAGCAUAGCAGAGCAGAAUGCUUGCCUAUUAGUGUUUCAGUUUUUAGAACCGAAUAUCUUGAGAUUUGUUAUGUUGACACUUAGUGAAGCUGUACAGUAUUUGUUAAAUCCUGUCCACAUACUUAUGGACUAAAUGUGACUGCAUUACUAUUCUAACAAAUUUUGAAUAAACUUUUUUUUCAAAA